AUACAAAAUUGCAAAAAAAAAAAAAAAAAAAAAGGUAGAAGGAAAAAAUUGUCUUUAUUCUCCUUUCUGCAGUGGAGUUUUACCAAUUUUAAUAAUUUCCUGGGAAGAGACUUUUUAAACAUAUCCGAACCGUUCACGGAAGAAUACACUUGCUAUCCUGUGUCAUUUAUUGGGAAAGAUGACAUGGAAAAUGGAAACAAAAUUAUACUUCCACAGACUGCUCUAAAUGCCCUAGCUAGGAGGCACAUUUCAUGGCCAAUGCUGUUCGAAGUUUCUAACCCCUACACGGAGAAGCGCACACACAGUGGGGUUCUGGAGUUUAUUUCAGACGAGGGGACGUGCCACAUGCCAUACUGGAUGAUGCAGCAGCUAUGCCUGAAGGAAGGAGACAUCGUGAGAGUCACCAGCGUUAGCCUACCCAAAGGCACAUUUGUUAAACUGAAGCCAUGCUCGACGGAUUUUAUGGAACUCUCCAACCACAGAGCUGUGUACAGUUACAUGGGUUCAGGGCUAAGGGGCCUUGAAACGGCCCUGCGGAAUUACGCCACCCUGACCAUUGGCGACAAUAUUGUAAUUCACUACUUGGGAAAGACAUACGAGAUAAAGAUUGUGGACUUGAAACCCGCCUUCGCUUGCACUAUUAUCGAAACGGACGUCGAGGUUGAAUUUGAGGAGCCAGUGGACUAUAACAAAAGUGUGCAAUAUGUAGAGGAGCCCGUGUCCGUGGAAGAAAGCAAAUUCAAAGGAAAGGGACAAAGGACGGAUGGAAAAGUCUGUAAAACCAGUAAGAAGGAUAAAGUCAAGCAGAAGCCUGUUGAAAAUAUGGAGCCGUGGAAGGAUAAGCUAGUUGGAGGAGUCAGGGUAAUCCUUCAAACGACCGUUCAAUAA